UGCGGGGCACCAGCCUGACGGAAUGUAUCCUAUCAGGCAUAAUGUCAGUUAACAGAAAGAAGGUUCUUCACAUGGACCAAAACCCCUACUAUGGAGGCGCCAAGUGCAUCUAUAACGCCACUGGAAGAUCUAUACAAAAGAUUUAAGUUACCAGGACAACCACCAGCAUCUAUGGAGAGAGGAAGAGACUGGAACAUUGACUUAAUCUCCAAGUUCCUUAUGGCGAAUGGUCAGCUGUCUAAGAUGCUGCUUUACACAGAGGUCACUCACUAUAUGGAUUUCAACGUGAUUGAAGGGAGCUUUGUCUAUAAAGGAGGAAAUAUCUACAAGGUUCCUCCACUGAAGCCGAAGCCCUGGCAUCUAGCUUAAUGGGACUGUUUGAAAAACGUCGCUUCAGAAAAUUCCUAGUGUAUGUUGCUAACUUUGAUGAGAAAGACCCUAGAACUUUUGAGGGUACUGAUCCUCAGAAGACCGCAAUGCAAGACGUGUAUAAGAAGUUUGAUUUGGGCCAAGAUGUUAUAAAUUUCACUGGCCAUUCUCUUGCACUUUACAGAACAGAUGAGUUAAGUGCUAUUUAUGGAGGUACCUACAUGUUGAAUAAACCAACUGAAGAAAUCAUUGUACAAAACGGAAACACGGCUGGUAUAAAAUCUGAAGGACAGAUUGCCCGUUGUAAGCAGCUCAUCUGUGACCCCAGCUAUGUAAAAGAUCGGGUAGAAAAAGUAGGCCAGGUGAUCUGAGUUAUCUGCAUCCUCAGCCACCCUAUCAAGAACACCAAUGAUGCCAACUCUUGCCAGAUCAUUAUUCCACAGAACCAAGUCAAGAGAAAGUCAGAUAUCUACAUUCGCAUGAUCUCCUUUGCACACAAUGUGGUGGCACAGGGGAAGUACACUGCCACUGUAAGUACAACCGUGGAGACCAAGGAACCCAAGAAGGAAAUCAAACCAGCUCUGGAGCUCUUGGAACCAAUUGAGCAGAAAUUUGUCAGCAUCAAUGGCCUCUUUGUACCUAAAGAUUUGGGAAGAGAGAGCCAGAUCUUUAUUUCCCGUGCAUAUGAUGCAACAACUCACUUCGAGACAACCUGUGAUGACGUUAAAGACAUCUAUGAGAGGACGACCAGAUCGGAGUUUGACUUUGAAGAAAUGAAGCACAAGAAGAACGACAUUUAUGGAGAAGACUAA